AUGUGGAUAAAAGGACAAUUCACACCAGAGGCGCAAGGAUUAAAACUAAAUCAAACAAUUCAGCGGCAAAUGCUUCAUAAGGUAAGCGUUGAGCUGGGCUGGUUAGCAUACAGCUUCUCAGCCAGCAACUAAAUUAGACAUGUUAAGUCUAUUGGUAUCCUGCUAGCUUAUUUAGCUUGUGGCUGAUAAAUCGAGGUGGAAUAUCUCAGGCGUUGUUUGCUAGCAAACAAGAGAUCGUAGCUUCCUUAUAACCCUACAUGUUACAGCGGACAAUCCAAAUCGUUUGUAUGCCAUAUGACUUCCGUUUGUUUACCUAGGGAAUUGUUGCGUUAGGUCGACCUCUUUGAAUGUGAGGGCUUGACUGCAUGUAAACACAAACAUCGAUAGUUGCGGCACUUGAUGAAAACUGUCAAUUUUAGUGCGCUACGGUAUAUGAACAUGAUGAAGUAUCAUUGAUGGAAUAAAGUUCAACGUUUACUCGAUGAAUGGGUGAUUAGUUACGUUACGCUGAAGGACCAACUUCUUUGGAGGAUUAUGGUCAGUGUGGUGGGCACACACUGGGAUAUCGGCAGUCCACGGGACCUUAAGAGGCGUGUGGAGGUUUGAAGUAUUCGUCUUCUCCAGGAGUGCAGCAGCUGCCUAUCUUCGACUUGAACAACGCGACCAUCCGAAUUCAAAAUGUCCCCAAAAACAUCAUCCUUGACAUGCCCAGUCCUACAUUUGACUCAUGCGAGCUGAAAUUUGGUUAAAAGCAGAAAAUUUAUCAGUGCAUCGCCAUUUUUCGCCGCCAUGUCAAUAUCCGAGAAUCACCAAUAACACAUUGCAAAAAGCAAACACGUGAUGUUUUGAAGGACAGCAGUCUACGUAGGGGGGGAUUCCAGUCAAAUAUCAAAGAAUUUCAACCUGAGAGUGCUUUCAGAGACAGCGUCUCAGCUGCACAGACGUAGAAUGUGUUCAGUUCGAGCCCUCCUUUAAAGUCUGAAUUAGUGAGUAUGCUAACACAGCUUUCCCACAUUUUGAUUCCCUGAAAAGUGAAAUUUCAAAGCUGCUUCUCCUGUUAAAAUCCUCGUGAAUCUACCAGACCCCUUCUGUUACGUGGUUGCGUUGUGGAGAGUGUCCUGGCUUAGAAAACUGUAAUAGCUACAGGUUUUCAAACAGCAGCUUCUCCUGCUGUCAAGAAAAGUGCUCACAGGACAGUGCUCAUCUCCACCAAAUGCGUUUGAAAGCAUGUCGGUGGAAAAACCUCCCUCUCCCCUUGCCAAAGAGAUUUCUUAAAUAACUCUGAUUUUUUUCCCCACCGCCAAGUUCCUCUCUUGGUAAAGACAGUAGCAAAAUAAUUGUGAGUAAAUGUACAAGUUGCGGUACCAUGCCAGUCUUUAACAGACAAUCAUAAAUUUGGGGUCCUCUUCCUUAAAAUUAGGAGUGUUUGUUUCUAUCAACCAUUCUGAAUAUUAAACAAAAAUUCUUCAAACUCCAGUCUGGGGAAAUUUUGUGGUAUUUGAACAAAAAUUUAAGUGUGCACAAAACCCUGCAGUUUAGUUAAUUCAGUUCAAUUUAAAUCAGCUUCAUUGGCAUACGAGUCAGGACAAUACCAAGAUUUUGGUCAAAUACAUUUUCCUUGUGCUCCCAUUCUUCCUCACCUCACUGUUGUUACCCAACAGUCAGAUCAUGUUUGAAAAUGAACCAUUCUUUAACUCUGAGUACAAAUGAUCAUCACAACAAGGUAUCACAAUGAUGUUAUGUGCUUUGACAGAUGCCUGGUCAACAUGGCGACCUGAAACCGAGAAAGCGGAAGAGCAGCUCUGAGCUCAAAAGCUCCAGAAAGGUUUGUUGAGGACAAUCCUGUAAAAAGCAAGUUAACAACAUAAAUCAUGGACCAUGACCAAAUGUAAUGAUAUUAACUUUUUGCUGCAGGGUACUGCCACAAGGAGGAAAUGUAUUGAAAGUAUAAAGACACACUCUGCAGCGGAGAACCCAUCCGUUGUUCAUGAUUAUAGUGGAGCAGACAGUCCGCAGGAGAGACUCUCUCGCAUCAGCUGUGAAUGCAUGCUGACUGCUGGCCGCAGAAGAUGCCUGGCAUCACCAGAGCUUGGUGGACAGGAAGGAAAGGAGAAUGAGCUGAGGACAGGUCUGGAUAUGGACAGCUGCCGAAUAAACAGCUCCUUUAACAAACAGGAGUCUGAGGAGAUGGAAUGUGAAGAUUCUGUCAGGACCAUGUUCCCAGAUGAUGACAGUAAUCAGAUUCUUCCUGUGGAGCAGUUCUUUGGAAACUUGGAUGCUGUACAGGUUAGACAUUUUGGUUGGUCCUCACUAUAUAGACUGUGACUCAGGUUUGAUUUGUUGCUUGAAACAUAUUCUUGUAGAAUAAACCUUUUCUCAAUGAUGUCUAGUCCAUGACAAACGACUGACAAGGAAGCACCCACCCCAUCAGUUGUCAAAAACACAUACUAAAGUUUGAUUGCUCUAAAGGUGUUGUCAUUUGUGAUUAUUGGACUUUCUGACAUUCAGAUUUUGGCCCAUACCCUGGUAUGAGUAAUCUGGUUUGGUAGUCUGCAGUUUGAGCAUUUGUAUUGGUGUUUCCCAAAAAAUGAUUAACUAAGCAAGGUUUAAAAGGAUUGAACUUUUUACUUCAUCAUCACCUAUUACCGAAUAGAAGUCUUUGACUGUUGCACAUUUCCUGGCCUUAACAUUUGGCCAGGGUUAUGGAGUAUCACAUCAUGAACACCUUCCACCUGCUGAAUCCUGAGUUCACGUCGGCUGUGACAGGUGAAACUUUGCCGCCACCUGUCACAAGUUUUAAAAGGCAGUUUUUCAGUUACAUAUGAUCAGUUACAUAUUAGAAAAUUUUUGAUUAUCAGGUAGCACUGAGUUUUAAAGAUUAAACAUCCCAUCACUGCUGGUGUAAUCAAAAUAUUUUUAGCUUCAUAAUUGUUAUAAAUUGUCACUUUUAAGUUGUGAAUAAAAAGCUAUUGUCGUAUGAGUCACUUGGGUUUCUUUUUUUAAGGAACUGAGAAAAGAGAGAAAUGAGCACCCUGAAUACUUUGUAAGACCAUUGUUUUCAUUUAUUUCACAGGACUUUCCCCAGAGAUUGCCAGAAUCUUCUGCCCGUGCUCGUAGGAAGAACAGGAGAAGACAGUACUACGCUCUUGAGGACAGUGAUGAAGAAGAGGUGAACUUCAGCAGUGAGCAACAAGAGGACAUAGGGACCACUCAGUGA